AUGACCUUGACCACGCGCACCACCAUCACCGACCAAUCCACCGGCGAAACGAUCAGGUUGACCGAUCCGCAGAAUCCUCUGUACGCAGACUACCCGAAGGUGGAGCCCGUGUUUGCGCUGCAGAGAGACCCAUACGCCACAUACGACUUCCAGCAGUUGAGGAGAAACAAGAACGACCCGUUGACGCUCGACGACGACUUGUACGACAUGUGGUCGCCCGACUACUUCCAGACCGUGGACGACAAGACGGCGUUGAAGCACAACGCCAUUUUCUUCUCGCUCUUCUUCGGGUUCGGCGCGUUCAUUGCGUUCUGGGAACUCAACCCCGAAAAGCCCGCCAUGCCCCGCUCUUACCCGUACAACGGCUUGGCCAAGUCCUUGGGCUCGGGCGGCGAGGCUACGGACUACUUCUACCGGGUGAGGCCCGAUGAGACCGCGGCGGCGGCCGGCAUUUUGGCGGACGACGUCAGCGUGGCCUCGCAGGAGGAGGCGUACAAAAAGGCGUACCCGGACUUUUUCCGGGCGUAA